UUAUCAACACAGGCCAGAUUUUGACAAACUUUGUAGAAUUUCUGGUGUCUCAAUCUUUGCGACAAAAUGGCUCAAUUGCAUGGAACACUAGAAGCUGAAGUCGAACUGCAAUCACCAGCUGACAAAUUCUUCAAGGUUUGGAGGAGCGAAUCCCACAAAUUGCCCACCGCCACCUCCAAAAACAUUCAAGGAGUUAAAGUUCAUGAAGGUGACUGGGAUCAGCAUGGAGCUAUCAAGAUUUGGAAUUAUACCGUUGAAGGAAAAUCCGGGGUGUUCAAAGAGAAGGUUGAGUUUGACGACGACAACAUGUCGUUCACCCUCCAUGGCAUCGAGGGCGACGUCUUUGAUGAGUUAAAGGUUUACAGGCCGGUAUGCAAGCUCAUCCCGAAGGAGAAAGGCAGUCUGGCUAAGCUGAGCAUCGAGUACGAGAAGUACAAGGAGAGCGACCCUAACCCCGACAAGUACAUGGCCUUCUUCAUCGACAUGACCAAGGACAUUGAUGCUCACGUUUUAAGCGCAUGAAGGCAAAGAUCAUGGCAUGACUGUGAUCAUAUGUGUAGUUGUGCUACAUUAUGCUUGAGAUUCUAGUACUUUCAUGUAUCUAGACCCAAUAAAUCAGGCUGGUUGAUCAGGUGAUGUUAAGUUGACUUGGGUUUUGGGAUUAUCAGAAUCGUGUAUUGUGUUCGUGUGUAAUUGUGCUUGCAAUAAGACACUCGUGGUUUUUGCAAAA